AUGGCAACGUCAGUUUUACCGUUUCCUGCCCUACAGGUGUGGGUGACCGCGUCGACUGUUGUGGGCGAGGGAAGAACCAGUGCGCUGGCGUCUGUCGUCCCCAGUGACACCGUUGGUGCGGGCAUCUGGUCGGUGGGCGGAAGCGUGUUCGUCAAUUGGAAGCAAGACGCAACCGUGCGCCCCAUGGGGCCUCUCACUGCGGUCGCGGGCCUCACCUUCCGCGUGGCCUGUCCCGUGGGGGGACAUCCCAUACACAAAAUUACCUGGCAGAAAGACGGGUCGCUGCUGCCGACGAGUCACCGGCAGCGUGUAGGGCAGGACGGGACGCUGGAGGUGAGCGACGUCAGGAGGGAUCAGGACCAGGGCUCCUACUCCUGCACCGCCUACGACAGGCAGGGACAGUCAGACUCGCAGGAAAAUUUCCUUCAAGUUGUGGUCCCUCCCCGUUUGGGGGCGUUGUCGUUCCCCCAAAACACGCAUUCAGGAAUGCGUAGCAGAGCAACAUGUUUCGUUCAAGAGGGCGACCUUCCCAUUUCAAUUCACUGGGAGCGCAAUGGCAUCCCAAUUCAAGCUUCCCCAAAUGUUAGGAUUACUAAAGUCGACGAUCUCACAACCAUUCUUGUCAUUGAUAAAGCCGGCGCUGAACACUCGGGCAACUAUACGUGCUAUGCCUCAAAUGCUGCCCAAACUGUCGCUGCCUCAGCCAUGCUGUCGGUGCAGG